UUUUUUUUUGCGAAUUGUACAUUGCAACCAUCAACAAAUAAGACAACAAAUGUGUCGGCGGCGGAUCAGCAAAGCAUCGCAUUCACUUUCCUCUUUCUCCCCCUCUAAAUCUUGCUCUUGCCACGCCAGACUUUACUGUAAUAAUUUAUUUUUUUCCCGUCCUCAACUCAGGUCUGGCUCCAUAUACCCUUCUACAUCUACCUCUGAAGACUCCGUCACCAUGUCUCCUUUUCAAUCCUUUUCUCCAAUAUUUUUUUCUAUCUAUUCAAACCGCAAGCCAGCUUUCCAUUGGAAGAAUCUUCAUACAAUUUGUGUCUUAAUUAUAGCCUCUGUCUUACUCUCGUCAGACUUGAUCUUUUCGACAAGUCAUGGUCAAGUUUCUGCAGAGCCCCUAUCAUUACCAUCACUACAAUCACGCCUAUACCUCCCUCCUAAAGGCGCUACAAUCUAUGUCCCUGAAAGUGAGAAAAAGCCCCAAGAUCCAUUACCAUCAUUGCCAAACGGACCAACAUUGCUCGGCUUUUCAUCCAAGGCUAAAGCACCGAUUAAAGAUAAGAAUAGCACCAUUGGAGUAGGGGCGAAUCCUACUAAUAUCAUCAGUGUGCCGCUACAGGAUUUGAUGGCCGAUACUGUGUAUAUCGGCAUGAUCUCGUUGGGAACACCAGCUCAGAACUUCUCCAUGGUGUUUGAUACUGGUAGUAGUGAUAUGUGGGUGCCAACACAGGCCUGUAAAUCAAUAUCAUGUUUGACACUACUGCGGUAUAAUUCGACAGCAUCUUCUACAUAUCAUGCAGAAGGAAAAGCAUUCGACAUUAAGUAUGGUGACGAUUCACAUGUCAGUGGAGUAACUGGGUUGGACCACAUGCAUAUUUCUGGUGCAACUAUCGCCAACCAAUCCUUUGGGAUGGCCUCAGUAGAUGACUCGACUAUUGCCAAGAAAGGGAUCGAGGGUGUUGUAGGACUUGGUUUUGGACGUGUAGCCAAUGUUAAGGGCUACACGACCAUCGUAGAGACUAUGCUUGCCCGCAAGAUGAUUGUUCAACCCAUUGUCUCGCUCUGGAUGGGAAGACAACGUAUGGGAGGUUCGAAUGAGGGUUCUGGAGGUGCGUUUAUUUUUGGUGGAGUCGACACAACAAAGUACAUAGGCAACUUUACAUGGGCACCCAUUGUAGACAAGAACACGUGGAAGAUUCGUAUUAAUGCAGUAUCUAUAGCAGGAACAGACUUGGAUCUCUCUGGAAACGCAUUGGUUGACUCUGGCACGUCCUUGAUCAUUUUGCCUGCUAAGGUUGCAUCUGUUUUUCACGAGCACAUACCAGGGGCCAUUCAGGCACCACAAGUAGGAUGGAUCCUUCCUUGCAAUACAAGUGUAGGUGACCUUAACUUUACGAUCAGUGGUCAGCAAUUCCGAGUGCCAGCCGAAGAGUUAGUGGUAUUGUUCAGGAUUCCUGGCUAUGCAGAGUAUUGCAAGAGUGCUAUCGAUGUUUCCCUUUCUGCUUCGGAAUCAGACUGGAUAUUGGGAGCAUCGUUCCUGAAGAACGUCUACAGUGUUUUUGAUUACCGCUCUCUUCAGAUUGGGUUUGCACAUCCUUCCAAUGUCUACAACACACUUGCCAAUAUCACCUUAUUACCAAAUCUCUCUAAUCCACCACAAGGAAAUCAAGGAAAUGGCAAUGAGUCUAAUGGAAGCCUGCCUGGCCAGGGCAAUGGAUCGUUUGAUGUGAAUGAAUCCAAUCGAUCUUUUCCAGGAGGAAUUAAUGUCAUGUUCUAUACGUUUACAACGAUAAUUUGUACACUCUUGGUCGUUUGUGGGUUCUGAGAAUAAAUUAAAAGUUGGGAAGUUGAAUCAGAAAUGAGUCGGUCGCUGUCACAAAAUGCACAAUCACGCGAUUUGGAGCCAGUGAGUCAAUACGAACCCCAUUUCUUUCUGGCAUAGAAAGGUUCAUUGAUGUGGAAAAAAAGCUUUAGUAUGACAUUUCUGUCUUGAAAGAACAACUUGUCUCUCU